UGGAGACUGCGCAGAAAGCGUCGGGGAAAAGUGCGUGUGCAAGCAGAACUGAGAAAGUUCAUAGAGCCGCGGUGCAGGAUGUCCCGUUAAGGAGAAAAAAAAAUCCUGCAGAAGAGCAGAGGCAACACAAGCUGAAGGGCUGAACAGGACUGCAACCCAGAGCGAACGCCACUUCUCUAAACCUAACACAUAUUAAAAGUGCAAAAAUGGGCUUUCCGACGAUAUUUAAUUGUCGUCGGAUUGUUCUCAAAGUGUUUUUGUUUGUUUUCAUCGCUUUUCAAGCAACUUAUGCAGCCCCCUCGCCUAUUAUCAGGUUUCCUGGAGACGAUACAACCCCCAAAACAGACAAAGAAGUUGCUCUGCACUAUUUGAAUAAGUUUUAUGGAUGCCCACAAGAUAGAUGCAACCUAAUGGUGCUGAAGGACACACUGAAGAAAAUGCAAAAGUUCUUCUCCCUGCAAGAGACUGGAGAAAUUGAUGCCAAAACUGUGGAUAUCAUGAAAAAGCCCCGCUGUGGUGUCCCAGAUGUGGCCAAUUACAACUUCUUCCACAGGAAACCCAUGUGGCAGAAAAAAGACAUCACCUACAGAAUCCUGGGAUACACACCCGAUCUAGAUGAAGAAGUCAUAAAUGAUGCUUUCUUCAGAGCCUUUAAAGUAUGGAGUGAUGUGACCCCACUCACAUUCACCCGACUCAUGGAUGGAGAGGCUGACAUCAUGAUUAAUUUUGGACGCAAUGAGCAUGGAGAUGGUUACCCUUUUGAUGGCAAAGAUGGUCUGUUGGCUCAUGCCUUCGCUCCGGGGCCAGGAAUCGGGGGAGACUCCCACUUUGAUGAUGAUGAACAGUGGACACUGGGAGAGGGCCAAGUGGUGAAGGUGAAGUUUGGCAACGCUGAUGGGGAGUUCUGUAAAUUCCCCUUCCUUUUCAUGGGCACUGAAUACAACAGUUGUACAUCUCAGGGCCGUGAUGAUGGAUUUCUGUGGUGCUCCACCACUUACAACUUUGAUGAUGAUGGCAAAUAUGGUUUCUGCCCCCAUGAAUUACUGUUUACCCUCGGUGGAAAUGCUGAAGGAGCUCCAUGCAAAUUCCCCUUCAACUUUCAGGGAGAGAAGUAUGAUGGAUGCACCACUCAGGGAAGGGAUGAUGGGUACCGCUGGUGUGCAACAACGGAGGAUUACGACCGCGACAAAACCUAUGGAUUCUGCCCCGAAACUGCCAUGUCAACAGUGGGAGGAAAUGCAGAGGGAAGCCCCUGUGCUUUCCCUUUCACUUUCCUGGGAGACACCUACGAUUCCUGCACCUCAUCUGGACGCAGUGAUGGCAAGAUGUGGUGCGCUACCACCAAGAGUUAUGAUGAUGACCGCAAAUGGGGUUUCUGUCCCGAUCAAGGCUACAGUUUGUUCCUGGUGGCAGCCCAUGAGUUUGGUCAUGCCCUUGGUUUGGAACACUCUCAGGACCCUGGAGCGCUGAUGGCUCCCAUUUACACCUUCACUAAAGACUUCAGACUGUCUCAGGAUGAUAUCAAUGGCAUCCAGGAGCUUUAUGGUGUGCCAACAGACAGACCGUUACCUCCAACCCAGGGCCCAGUAACUCCCAUGGACAUCUGUAAUGAACCAACUGUUUUUGAUGCUGUGGCACAGAUCAGAGGAGAGACCUUCUUCUUCAAGGACAGAUUCCUGUUCAGGUCAGUCAACUUCAGAAACAGGCCCAGUGGACCUAUGUUAGUGGCCACCUACUGGCCCGACCUGCCUGCCAAGAUAGACGCUGCCUAUGAGAAUCCAGUGGAGGAAAAAACAGUCUUCUUUGCAGGCAACGAGGUGUGGGUCUACAAAGCAGAUGAGUUGGAGAGAGGCUACCCCAAACGGCUGUCUAGCCUUGGCCUUCCCUCUGAUCUACAGCAAAUCGAUGCUGCCUUCAACUUCAGGAAAAACAGGAAGACUUACCUGUUUUCUGGAGACAAAUUCUGGAGAUGGGAUGAGAGCAGGAAGGCAAUGGAUCCUGGCUUCCCUAAACUUAUUGCUGAUUCCUGGAAUGGCAUCCCAGAUGGAAUAGACUCUGCCUUCAGUCUAAAUGGAAUUGAUUACAGCUACUUCUUCAAAGGCAGCCACUAUUUCAAGCUGGAAGACAGCAGCUUGAAGAUCGUCAAACUGGGUGAAAUUACAAAGGACUGGCUUGGUUGUUGAGCAUUUAUAUAAGAAUGAAAAUCUUGCAACUGGCUAAUUCCUGUGAUGACGUCUGGCCUCGCAAAGACAUUACCAUUGUACCGCACACAUGUUGAAGUCGCCACAGUGCACACUGUUCUAAGUUUUUAUUCUGACAACUCUGCAUGUUUCUUUGGGAGACAUGUCCCUUCCAGCCUGUAUAACCAGCCUCCAGCUUUGUAGAAAGGCACCUCCGGACCUUUGACACAGGCUGAACAUAGGCAACUGGAUAGUCAUUAUAUUACUGUGUGUGAUACUGACAGUUUAUUUGUUUUGCUGAUGCAGAUUUAUUACAAUAUGUACCCCCUGUUUGGUUUAUUUUUUAUAGAUUUUUUUGGUUUGUUUUUUUGUAUUUGUUUUCUUUUGUUAAACUCAGACAUCAGGUAUGUCCACACUGCAUUGAACGCAGUGCUGUACUGUGCUGUGAGAUAUUUCCUUUUUAUGCAAAUUUGAUUCUGAAAAUCUGUUAUACAACAUAUGAUUAAUUCAUGUUGGCUUAGAAUAACGUUUAUGUCCAGUGUACUAAGUGCAGUUUUAUAAAUGUAUCAUUUUUAAUUAAUUUUGUCAUUAUUGUGCAAUACAUUUAGAAAAAAAUGAAUGUGCACAAUGUGUCUGACCGAAAAUGGUGCUUUAGAUUUUGCUUUUUGCAUAUAGUCCUUUAUAUACACACAAUUUAUACUCAGUGUAACUAUGUUGGAUGGGACUACUUAGCAUUUUUUGGAUGUCAUAAAGUAGUACACAUUAUUCUUCAUUUGGCUAGCACUUUGUAUAGGACUAUACAAGGGAACUGUGCAUUAUGGAGUCCAGUAUAUUGUCAUGGUAGCUCCAUUUUGCAUUUCCUGUUACUAACGGUACAGAACGAUUAAAGGCACAGGUUGCCUCUAGAGGCUGUAUAGCUUUGCUGCAUGAUGGAAUCAUGACAAGAGUACCACAGUAGUAUUGUUUAACAAUCUUUUUUAUAUUCUCUUUUAAUUUUCAGUGUUUUAACAACUUGUUUUGUGUUGUUUUUAAUGCUUGUGCACUUUGUUACUGUCAUCAAUAAAGAUGGUCAAUAUGA